GAACUCCUCCCCAGCCUCGCGUCUCCCGCCCCAGCAUUGGUGCGCGCCGGCAGCUGAUCAGAUUGCUGCCUUGUUGGUCCUCGGCGCAUUCUGCGGUGUACAAAGGGUUCCCCGCGGGGAUUCCAUGUAUUGACCGGCUUCCUUCUUGUCUCGUCUCGCCCCUCCUUUCCUUCUGAGCGCGCCUGGUUGCGGAAGCAGAAAAGAUAUUUCUCGGGGGCUGUUGAUCAUUGCCACUUUCCAAAGGAGCAGAAACAUCCGUUCUGCGUAAGAAUUAGGUCAUGGAAAGGAGAAAGGAAUGGCUUGAGUCCCCCCUUCUUUCUGAAGUGUACCUUUCUGCUAGCACAAGAUGUCAAAGCAAGGGUCCUGUAUCAUUUGAGGAGGUGGCCGUGUAUUUCACCGAGGAGGAGUGGGCUCUGCUGAAUGCUGGUGAAAGAGCUCUUUACAGGGAAGUCAUGCUGGAAAACUAUAGGAGCAUGGUCUCUAUGGGCUCUUCAAUCUGCAAACCUGACCUCAUUUACUGGUUGGAAGAAAGGGAUGAGAUGUUCAUCAAAGACUCUGAGGAAGCAAAGAACUCAACAGAUUCUCUUUCUUGCUGGAAUAAGGAAUUUCCUUUUGUUUCUGCCAAAGAAGACACCAGCGUGAGAGAGAAGAGGGUGAAGAGAUUUUCACAGGAAGGCCUUACCUCAAAAGAUACACCGGAGUCUUUCCUGGGAUCAGUUCCAGAGAUAAUUGUCAUCCUGACAGAUCUGCCUGAGAGAGAUCAGAGAAAGCAAAGUGCUGCUGACCAUCUGAGAAGACACAGGAAUUUGCAGGAGGAAAAAGAACCUUGGAAUAAAAGAAGAUUAAAGAGAAGUAAGAAGGCAGGAAACCAGAAGCAGAUGACAAAAUCAGUUGUCCUUCGCAAGAGAGAUUGCCAUAAAACCCUGGUCAUAAAAAAUUUACAAAAGGGAAGAAGAAGGAAUAAAGGCGCUCAGAAUGAGAAAGGGUCUGGCAACAAAUCCAGGCCUGAGAGAGAUCAAAGAAUUCUCGCAGGGGAGAAAUCAUAUGCAUGCUUGGUAUGUAAAAGGAGCUUUAGUCGAAAAGACAAUUUAGUUUCACACCAAAGGAUUCACACUGGGGAGAAACCAUACAAAUGCUUGGAGUGUGGAAAGAGUCUUAGCUGUAGCAAAAGACUUACUAUUCACCAGAGGAUUCACACAGGGGAGAAACCAUAUCAAUGCUUGGAGUGUGAAAAGAAUUUCAGUUGCUUUAGGUACCUCAAGGUUCACCAAAGGACUCACACAGGGGAGAAGCCAUAUCAAUGCUUGGAGUGUGGGAAGAACUUUAGUCAGAGAACAGGUCUUACUUAUCAUCAGAGGGUGCACACAGGGGAGAAACCAUAUGAAUGCAUGGAAUGUGGAAAGAGGUUCAAUCGAAUCCACCACCUGAAUGGUCAUCGAAGGAUCCACACGGGGGAGAAAUUGUGCAAAUCGUACAAAUUGUACAAAUGCUUAGUAUGUGGAAAGAGCCUCACUAGCAGAAGAAACCUUUCUGCUCAUGAAAGAAGGCAUGAAGGGGAGAAACCACAUAAGAGCAUGAGAAAAGCUUCAGUCUGAGAGGAAGCCUCAGUUAUCACCAAAAGGGAGAAACCAUACAAAUGUACCAAGUGUGAAAAGAGCUUCAGACAUAGCUCACGUUUUACUGUUCACUAUAGAGUCCACACAAAAGAGAAACCAUGUAAACAGUAGUCAUUGGUUACAUCUUUUUCACAUUCUUGCACCAGAAAGUCCAUUGUAUUAGUCAGUGUGUUGUAGGGGCUGGAGUGUUGGAUAAGGAUCAAGGAAACCUGUGUUCCAGUCUUUGCUCUGGCGUGGAAUCUUGUUGGGUGCAUGGAUCUUGUGCCAUGCUGUCAGCCAAACAUACCUCACAGGGUUGUUAGGAUAAAAUGGGGAAAGAGGAGAACAAUUUUAAGCUGUUUUGAAUCCCCAUUGGGUAGGAAAGUGAAAGAAAUGAUUGUAAGCAAGGCUUGUUCAGUAAAUCAGUGUUGAAUAAGCCCAUUACUGGCUGUUUGAGAACCUGAGUCAAGCCAGCGUGUAUGCCUGAAUACCUGUUCUGCAUGUUAAAAUGCAAAGAGUGUUUCUUUGGGCUUUUUGUAAUUGUUUUAAAUUAUAACUUCUCUGUAUCAGGUAGACACAUUUGUGGUUGAUAUCCUUUCUUUGCCAUUUGGAAAUCUACUGUAGUAAUAGGGGUUAGAAUGUUGGUUGAAGACUGGAGAGCAGAGGUGUGGACAAGCCUCUGAACUUCCUGGGGAAAAUUCUGUUGGGUUGCCCUCCUGAGGGGCUUGUGUUUUUCUUUCGAUUUUAAGGUUUUCGUUAAGUUUAUAAGAAAAGGGAGGACAAGGGGAAAGGGGAGAAAUACAGUUUACAAAAUAAUUUUUCUGCUUAAAAUAAUAACUUCAUCAUUACAUACUAAUGAAAAACAGUGCAGAAAAAAACAAACAGAAAACUACUUCACAAUACCUGCAAGUACUCAAACACUGGGAAAAUACUGCCCUAAUCUUCUAUAUGUUGGCAUAGGAAAUAAUGCCAGUAAGGCAUGAGGCACUGCUGCUGAUCGGACAGCUACUGUCAGGUAGAUGACUCAGGAAGAUCUGUCAGAGGAGAACUGGUUCUAGCCAGUAGAAUGAUGUAAUCGGGUGAGGAGUACAGAAUGACUCAGCACUGCCUCCUCAUUGGUACAGUAAUUAGGAGCAAAAGUAUAUUAAUGAAGCUAUGCUGUGCAUAUUACCCUCUUACUAUUCUAUGAUUGAUUGGCGGAGCAUUAUGAUGAGUUUGUAUAUAUAUAAAAUAAAACCUUGUAUAUAGUUUAA